GCCUACUACGCGCUGCUGUCGCGCUGGGCGGAGGCGCGCCUGGACUUCGAGUACAGCGCAGCCGAGGCGGCCGUGUACGCCGGCUGGUCGCCCGUCGCCUGGGCGCUGGCGCUCGGCUGGCUCAUCUUCGCCUGCUUCACCGGCUACGGAGGAUAUUUGAACACCUUUCUCAGCAUUAAACCCUUAGUGAUCUUCAGCAGAAUAUCGUAUGCAGUGUAUCUUACACAGUUCGCCGUUUUCUUCUACAACGUUGGAGUAACAAGAACGUCUGAACAAUUCACAAUACUAAAAGGCAUCGAUCCUGUGGAAUUCAUUGUGGUAAUUGCUCUCUCCGUCGUCAUGACUUUGAUAUUUGAUUUUCCAAUGCAAGAAAUCAAAAAUAUUCUUUUAACGAGUGAUACAAGAUCUAAGAAGAGUGUGGAGCAAAGAAAAAAUGAUUUUAAAAAGACAUUGUAAUCCUUAAAUAUAACUUUAAUGAACUAGAAUUUUUUUACAGUAUUUAUACAGACGUGCUGUGACAUUUCAUAGAUUAAUUGUACUUUUGUGUGAAAGUGAGAGAAUGGCAGCUAUUCGAAUAUAUAAUUUCAAAUUAAUUACUUUUCAGUGGAUAUACA